CCCCGCUGACAGGCGCGGGUCGCGCGGAAGCCAAGCGAGCACCCGGAGGCGAGCGCGCCCGGCAAGCCGAGGCGUGCCCUCUCGGAGGCGGCGGGCGGAGGCCGUCACUGUCCCCGCCGGGUCCCGGGCCUCGCGGCCCAUGCUGGGGGCGGAGCCAGGGCGGAGGGCGGCGGCGCGGCCGGCCCCGCGCCGUGAUUGGCGGGCGGCCGGCGGUGGCUGAGGUCCUGGCGGCCGCGCGGGCACCGCAGGCAGGCGGAGUCGCGGCUUGGCGAGCCGAGAGGAUGCUGCUGUCCCUGGUGCUCCACACGUACUCUAUGCGCUACCUGCUCCCGAGCGUCCUGUUGCUGGGCUCGGCGCCCACCUACCUGCUGGCCUGGACGCUGUGGCGGGUGCUGUCCGCGCUGCUGCCCGCCCGCCUGUACCAGCGCGUGGACGACCGGCUGUACUGCGUCUACCAGAACAUGGUGCUCUUCUUCUUCGAGAACUAUACCGGGGUCCAGAUAUUGCUAUAUGGAGAUUUGCCAAAAAAUAAAGAAAAUGUAAUAUAUUUAGCAAAUCAUCAAAGCACAGUUGACUGGAUUGUCGCGGACAUGCUGGCCGCCCGACAGGAUGCCCUGGGUCACGUGCGCUAUGUACUGAAAGACGGCUUAAAAUGGCUUCCCUUGUAUGGGUUCUACUUCGCUCAGCAUGGAGGAAUUUAUGUAAAACGAAGUGCUAAAUUUAAUGAUAAAGAAAUGAGAAGCAAGCUUCAGAGCUACGUGAACGCAGGGACACCAAUGUAUCUUGUGAUUUUUCCAGAGGGAACAAGGUAUAAUGCAACAUACACAAAACUCCUUUCAGCCAGUCAGGCAUUUGCUGCUCAGAGGGGCCUUGCAGUAUUAAAACACGUGCUGACACCAAGAAUAAAGGCCACUCACGUUGCUUUUGACUCUAUGAAGAGUCAUUUAGAUGCAAUUUAUGAUGUCACCGUGGUUUAUGAAGGGAAGGAGAAAGGGUCGGGAAAAUACUCAAACCCGCCAUCCAUGACAGAGUUUCUCUGCAAACAGUGCCCGAAACUUCAUAUUCACUUCGAUCGUAUAGACAGAAAGGAAGUCCCAGAGGAACAAGAGCACAUGAAAAAGUGGCUUCAUGAGCGUUUCGAGAUAAAAGAUAAGUUGCUCAUAGAAUUCUAUGACUCACCUGAUCCAGAAAGAAGAAACAAAUUUCCUGGGAAAAGUGUUCAUUCCAGACUAAGUGUCAAGAAGACGUUACCAUCAGUGUUGAUCCUGGGGAGUUUGACUGCUGUCAUGCUCAUGACGGAGUCCGGAAGGAAACUGUAUAUGGGCACCUGGUUGUAUGGAACCCUGCUUGGCUGCCUGUGGUUUGUUAUUAAAGCAUAAGCAAGGGCGGCUGCAGACAUGGUCUCUUACCGAUGGCUGCACAUUGCAUCACAUCGUUUCCUGAAUUAAAUAAGGGUUUUUUUGUUUGUUUGUUUGUUUAAGCCUUGAUGAUUGAACACUGGAUAAAGUAGAGUUUGUGACCACAGCCAGCACGUGUUUGAUCUGGGCGAGCACACAUGGCUGUUCAGGUGCUGGGGUUGCUGGAGACGGGGAAGCUAAGUGGAGUUUAUGCUGGGUUUUUUUUCUAAUGUUUUCAUGAAUUAAUGUCCACUUGUAAAGAUUAUUGGAUGCUGUCUGUAAUUCAGAAGGUUGUGUUUUAACAUUAGUUUGCAGUGUGUUUCGCUGUAUUGGUUAUCUUCCGUUUGACUACUUGGCAGCUCAGACUCUUAAUACUGAAGUCUUUUAUAUUUUGAAGCUAUGUGAUACUGGGUUUUUUUUGUUAAUUUCUGAAAGUCAAUGAAAGACACUGUAAUGAUGCGAUAAGAUGUUCCAAGAAAAAGGUGAGAAGUAUUCAUGGCAAAAAAAGAUCUGUCUAGUGUAUAUUUUUAUUAUAUUGCUCUAUUUAGCUAAUUUUCUUUAUAUUUGCAAAAUAAUGAACGUUUCUAAUAUUUAUUAAAAUGCUUAAUUUGCAUACCCCCUAUUCUACAGAGAAUAAUGUGUAAAGUGUCAGAAUAGACUUGAAGCUCUGCUAUGACUCUGUCUCCUUUGGCAGAGCUUUUAGUAGCCCAGCUUCUGAGCUACUCUGUUAGUACCUCCCAGCACCUGUGCCGCUAAGUACUUCUAAAUGCAAGGGUCUCUAUUCUUUUCAUAUUGGAAUGGACAUCCACCGAGCUCUAAGGUGAUGGAAGUCUGCCAGCAUCCUGUCUGUCCUAGCACGUGCCUUCUGCCUGGCUCCCUUUGCUUUGGCACUGCAUUUGAUCUGGAGUGUAGGUGCUCAUGGUUGCUCGCUGCUUGUUUCAGCUCUGGCUCUCUGGCUUUGUGUCCUCCAGUGGUGCUGUUCAUUGUUGGGGUGCAAGUAGUACUGCUCUGACUCAGAGGGGUGUCUCCCUGGCUCCUGAGGGUGAGCCUCCUUGGCUACUGCAGAAGUAUAGUGUGUUUGUUUAUGGCAAGAACCAUCAGGAUUGGAUAAAUUUGUUAUUUCUCUUUAAUUUCCAUGGAACCACACUGUUGGUACAUGUCCCCUGUGAACAGAGCUACCUUCCAGGACCAAAUCACACCGUUGUAAGUCAUGGGACAGGGUGUCCUAUGGGAGGAGGCUUUUUAAAGUGUGAUUUGCCAUAUUUCUAUGUUGUAAUUUAAACAUGAUUGCCUAUUAGUCAUUCAAGGUAACAUUUCUGCAAACUUCAUACAGAUUUUUGUCACAAAAUUACUAUACCAAUGAUCUAGUUAAAAUAGACCAAUUGAAUCACAAUAAAUAAAUUUUUUUUUAAAUUGAGGGAAAAUUUGCCUCUUGUUUUUUCAAAACCAGAAAAUGAGCCAUUUCAAACAUCUUUGAAGAGUCAUGUGCUGUCACUUGUUUUCUAUGUGUUAGUAUAUAUAUUCAUGUAUGGAUGUAUAUAUUCACAUAUGAAUAUGUAUAUUCAUACAUAUACCAACAGAAUAUAGCAGCUUAAAAACAAAACAAGCUAGUGUAUUAUGUUACUGUGCUGAAUUGUAAUUUUUUUUACUUACAAAGUGAGGUUGAGAUCGAUUUCAUCUCUUUGUUAAAUACAUUUUUUUUUCAGCAGUCCUAUUAGAGCUUUGACCAGAUCAAAAUAAGUACAAGUUCUGAGACUUUAAAUAUGGCUGAGGUCUAGAAGGACAGCUCAGCAGUUAGGAACACAUGCCACUCUUAAAGGGGCUUCAGAUCCCAGCACCCACGUGGAAGCUCACAGAAGGCUGGAAUUUCAGCUCCUUGGAAUUAGACACAUCCUCUGGCCUCCAUGGGAAUCUCUCUCUCUUUCUUUCACACACACACACACCUACACACACACACACACACACACACACACACACACACACACACCCCUUUAAAUAUCAUGGAUGUGCUGUGCAUUUAAAUUUUAAGAGACAGAACCAUUGGAAUUACAUGGAUUAUAGCUGACUUUUUGAACAGGGCUCGGUGGUCUACAUAUGCUCUCUUGAUCAUUAGCACACGGGGCUUACUCUCCUCACCAGUAGCCUAUCAAAUGGGUAGUUGGAAAUACAUUGUAUCAAAAACCUUUGAGAACUUAGAAGCGUCUUGACAUCACUAUUUUCUGCGAUUCCUUUCACCUAGUUUAAGAUUUUAUUUGUAUGGCUGUUGAAUUGCAGCUUAGGGGCUACGGUUGUUGUCCUUUAUAAGACUGCCAUCAGUGUGCAUGCCUUUAUGUUUUUCAGAAAGGGCAUUGGGAUGAAAGUGAGAAAACAAAUAAAAUCUUUCCUUGUCGCU